UGAUUGGCAGCGUUACGCAAAUAAUGCCAAUAACUUUUGAAGAAGUUUUGAGUGAAACUAACAAAGACCCGAUAUUGAGAGAGGUUAGGAAUUACAUCGUGAAUGGAUAGCCAAAGAAGAAAAUGGUAAAUCAGGAGUUGCGAAAUUUCCACGGCAGGAGUGAGUCUCUGUCGACAGUAAACGGAUGUUUGCUUUUUGGUGAGCGAUUAGUAGCCACAAAGAGAGAGAUACUUACUGCAGUUAAGGGCCAUCCCGGAAUGGAAAAAUUGAAAGCACUAGCAAGAAGUUAUGUAUAUUGGCCCGGGAUAGACCGUGAGAUAGAGGAGAAAGUGAGAAGAUGUCAGCGAUGUAGGGCAGUUGCGAAAUCUCCCGCUCUUAGUAAACCCAUCCCUUGGCCAGAAGUAGCUGCUCCGUGGCAGCGUGUACAUGUUGAUUUUGCGGGGCCUCUCGAUGGAAUGUAUUACUUGCUAGUAAUCGAUACAUUCACUAAAUCGCCAGAGAUAGUAGCGACUACAACCAUGACAGCAAAAACAACAAUCAGGAUUUUACGGGAAAUAUUUAGUCGUUUUGGGAUGCCGAAUGUUUUAGUGAGCGAUAAUGGGACGCAGUUUACAAGCACGGAAUUUGAGCUAUUUUGUACAAUAAACGGCAUUGAGCAUUUGCGAACAGCCCCUUUCCAUCCGCAAUCCAACGGACAAGCGGAAAGAUUUGUUGAUACUUUUAAGCGAGCACUUAGGAAAAUGGAGGGGGAAGCUGGUUCAGUACAAGAAGCCGUGGAUAUUUUCCUAAUGACGUAUCGUAGCACGCCACAUAAAUUGUUAGAACGAAAUCAGUCGCCAGCAGAAUUGAUGUUAGGCCGUAGAUUGCGCACGUGUAUGGAGCUUUUGCGACCAACUAUGAAUGUAAGCUCAGGCGUUAAAGUCGGUGAACCGCUUAGGAAAUAUGAACGUAAUGAUCUCGUCUACGCAAAACAGUAUUAUCGGAAUAAGUGGAAGUGGGUAGCCGGAACAGUUAGGAAACGAUUAGGUUCGGUGAUGUAA